AUGGCUGCAUCACCAUCUCCAGUGAAAAUUGGCACUCGAGGCACCGUCGCAUCCUUGGUCUCCAAAGAGAUUGAAUACUUUCAGAAACUCGACAUCGUUCAUCAAGAAAGAUCACAAAAUCUAAAGACAGUGAUCACAAACAUAGUAACAAGGAACAAGAAGAAGGUGGCUGGCAGGGGAGGAUUCCUACCGAGCAUUUGCUCUGCUGUGGAGAUUAGUAACAGUACCAUUAGAGCUGAUAGAGUUGCAGAAAUCAGCUACAAGAAUCUGCGAAGUGAAAGCAAAAGGUUUAUUUAUAACUAG